GCUGCAGUUCCCUUGUCCCUCCCUAGUGCAGAGGAGACCGGAGACAAUGAUCGACACCAAGCUGGAAGAGAUCAGAGCGGCCGUCGCCGAAUGCCACGUCGGCAAGGACGGGUCCACCCACGAGGCCAGGCAACAGGAGAACGCCCGGCGAAUACGUGUUUUCAAAAAGCUCGACGCGUAUGCCCAGGAUCUCGUGCAACAGAUUGCCGCUGCUGCCUCGAAUGAGGACACCUCCAGGAUCGAGGCCUGCCAACGGGAGCUGGAUGCCCUGGCGUCGACGUUGGUGGUGAGGCCCGUUCAGCCUAAAUGUAGACCGCUGCUCGAGGCGUUAGACCUCAUCUGGCGGGUGCCUGCCGUCAUGCUGUUCCUCUUAUUCAUGGGAUUCGUGGUGUCGAUACCCCUCAUCAUGCUAACCAUGGUCGAGCAGCAGAUCUUUCUCGCACUCAACGGCGGCAGCAACGGGGGAGCGGGCAACAGCGGCGGCCUCUCGUCCAUACUCAUACGCCUGGAUUGCGCGUGGCUCCUGCUGCUGAUGGGGAUUCAGGUCCGGGCCGAGUUCAUGGGCGAGUCGCUAUCGCGCCCGGCGAUGCUCCUGUUCACCCACGUCAGCACCCUCGACGCCGUCGUCAUCUUGGGGACCUUGCCUCGGGCUCUGUGCGCGGUGGUCAAGGAGGAGCUGCUUGCCGUCCCCGUGCUAGGGUGGAUCAUGGCUUCGCGUGGCGCCAUCCCUAUCAACCGAGGUCAUCGUGCCUCCGCAGUGCAGGGAGCGUUCCACAUGCAGGAACAGCUGCAGUGGCCGGUGAUCCCCGUCACGAUUCACGGAGCGUACGAGCUGUUCCCUUUGAAGUGGAACGUAAAUCAGUGCGGCAAGGAAAUUCUGGAGGCCCUGGACCAGGCCAACGUGCCGGAGGCCGGCGCCGCCCUAGACCCUUCCCGCCGCGCGGCCAGCCUCGCCGCGACGGCCUUCACCUACUUGGCGGCCGCGCGCGCGGGGAAGGCUCUGGUGAGCUUCUCGCGGAGGGAGGGCGUGGCCGUCUGGGCGCUGGUCGCCGGGGCCGUCGCGUACGUCUUCCUCUCGACGGUGUUCGUGUUCUACGUGUACGCGAGGAAGUGCUUCAGCGCUCCGCGCCGUGUUGGUGUUCGUGGCGGGGGUGGUGCGGGGACGGUGUCUGGCGGGUUAGGGUUGACAGACGAUGGGGUGGCGGUGAAUGGCGGGGAGGGGCGCGGCGUUGGUACCGCGGAGCUCUCGAGAGGGGGAGAGGGCCGCAGACGCGAGGGCGAGUCAGACGUGACAGAUCAGAUGAAGGGUAGGUAAAAGAGGUCGAAUGUUCUGAUUAUGUAGGUGUGAGUGCCGGGCAAGACAGAUUGGAGCACCAGGCCUGCUUAGAGCGGUAGUGUCGGUCGUUUUAAUGGUGUAAGAACGACAUACAUGUGACUGGUGUGCCACCGGUGCCGUGGGGGAACGUUGGCGUUUUCGUGCUGUGUGUUUGUGAGGAGUUUGUUUGAAGAAGAGGAGUUAAAGAAAUGGACAAUGUCGUGGCGGCUUGGGGCGAACACAACUCCGCGUGGAUUGUACACUCGGCAGUGUGAUUGGCGAAGGUUGCUUUUGAUAUUUGUGCUUCCAAAGCGGAAGUAAUAACAGUAGUGAGAUCGAUUUGGGUUAACAUCUUUUGCCAGUUUUGACGUUAGUGCGCGUAUUCGUGUGGAGCGCCUGAAACAAAUCUGUGUUGUGGGCAACAGGACAGCGGCACGCGAGCUGCAGGAAGCGACGAACAGGCAGCCGGACCCGCAGAGCCAUUUGAGAGCAGAAUCAGAACACGGUGCUGUCGCACAUGCGCGCGCAAGUGCAUGCAUUCACGCUCGACCCACCGCUCUUUCCUUCAAGACACCUAUCUGGGGAUACAUUGUAGACUAUUUUCGCAGGAUGGGGCUUCCUAUAGGCUACAAUGGUGUAAACGGUUGAGGCCCGGACACGCUGAAAGAAACGGCCUGUCGCAUGUUGUAUUUGCCCGCCCCGUCGUGCUUUGCUACUACCUAGCCAACGAGAAAUGUGCUGCGGGUGGUGCAUUUUUUGUGGAGGGAGCUUGCCCGUCAACGUGCAGUUCGGGCUUCUCGUGUCGUGAGGGAGUUAAUUGAUGGGGGGAGGAGGUUGAGCUGGCAGCAACCGAUUGAUGUUGGUGUGUCCUCGUUCGUUGUCUACUUAUGUGUUGUAUUUGCUGUGCUCGUUGGGUACGUGGGCGAUGUUGCGGGCAAGGGGAGAUUCAACUGAGCACCGCGAAAUCAUUACCGUGGUCAUCUAGACUGUCGAAAUGCCCGCACUCCUGUAUGGAUGCGCCUGAGGGGUGUGAAGGGGACGACAGGCGAAAUCGACUCGGGCGACCCCCGUUCGUUGUUGGAGGAACUUGAGAUAGGCGAUUAGUACAAAAGCUCUAUUGGAACAAUCUCGAUAGGGAACGAGGAAGUAGGAAAUGGUUGUCCCUCUGACGCGUACGUAGGGGCUCGGAGAACGUCUUUGUGUGCAUGAUGGGAAGGAGGUAUUUGUUCGAGUUGUGCUCGUGCGCGUUGGACAAGCCUCUCGUUCCUUCGUAGCUCCGUAGGCUCCGCCCUGUGCCCACAUCUCCCGCAACGUGCUCGUGUUUAAAAAGCGACCGGCGAGAUGCCGCGCCCUUGCUUGCUACAGCGUUUUGGCGCACGCACGCAUAGCCAUGUUUGCAACGCUUGAAGAAAACCGCGGGAACGUGUUGCUCGCUUUCGGCCGCGAAUCGUUGGUACAUGUAGGUUUGACUGUGUGUUCAUGUACCCGUUUAUUUUCCGGCUUGCGCAGGCGUUGUUUGUUCCUUUGCAUGUUCAGCUGGGCUUCGAACUGCAAGGACUUUUUCGCGUGUGCCAGGACUUUCCUUGGGUCUUAACUUGGAGUGCUAACGUGAAGACAUUACGAACAGUAGCAGCAUCAACGAGGACGACCGACGAGCUGUGUUGUUUUUCACGUCGUUUCUCUUGUAUCAGUAGGGUGACAUGUCGAAGGUCGCCCGACGUAGCAAACAUCGUUCUACCACGUUGGCGUGUGGUGUC